AUGAACCAAAAUGAGAAUACGAGAAAUGUUGGGCAUUUGAGUGCAGAGCGCAUUCGAAAUCUUGAAGUCAUUGAAAAGAUGAUCGUUGAACUAAUGGAUACGGCAGCUGAAGCGAUUAUGGGUUUGGCAUUGGACGGACAUAUCAGCAACAACGAUGAAGAGACAUCAAAAACAGAGCUCACGGUAAAAAAGCGAAGCCCCGAAGAACAGAUCGAGAUUUUUCAAAAUUUGACAAAAAAAUUUAAUGAUUUAAUAGAUGUAGGCAAAUAUAUUAAUAUACAAGUUGGAUUACGUCUUCAAUUUCGCCAAAUGCGAAAUAUGGGAAUAACAUCGGGAGAUAUUCCAAUCAGGACAGUUACUUAUGGUGAAGCCAAAGAAUAUGAAACUUGGAUGAACGCGGCAAAAAUUUUAAGGAAGGAACUUGAGAAGAUUAUGGACAUCGGAACCGCUGCUGGAGGGUUACAAGAUAUGAAAAAUGAUAAUAUGGAAAAUAUGGAAAUUGACGAAUAG